ACGCUCCAUCCCGCCAUGGGCGUGGCCUGUGCCACAAUGGGCGUGUCACCCCAGAGAAUGGGCGGUCCCAUCCACACAGUGGGCGUGUCCCUACCACCGGGGCGUGUCCCCAAGGGGGCGUGUUCUCCCCACGUGGGCGUGGCCGGCGCGCGCUUCCCGCGGCAAAAGUGCGGCGGGCGCCAACUUCGGGCAAAACUUUCCCCGCGCGCCGCCGGCACCGGGACCCCCGGGACCCCCCGGCACCCCCCGGACCCGCGGAGCCCCCCGCCAUGCCCCGCCGCGGCUGACACCGCCGCCAUGUACUCCCCGUACUGCCUCACCCAGGAUGAGUUCCACCCCUUCAUCGAGGCGCUGCUGCCCCACGUCCGGGCCUUCUCCUACACCUGGUUCAACCUCCAGGCCCGCAAGCGCAAGUACUUCAAGAAGCACGAGAAGCGGAUGUCCAAGGAGGAGGAGCGCGCCGUCAAGGACGAGCUGCUGGGCGAGAAGCCGGAGGUCAAGCAGAAAUGGGCCUCGCGCCUCCUGGCCAAGCUGCGCAAGGACAUCCGGCCCGAGUGCCGCGAGGACUUCGUGCUCUCCGUCACCGGCAAGAAGGCGCCGUGCUGCGUGCUCUCCAACCCCGACCAGAAGGGCAAGAUCCGCCGCAUCGACUGCCUGCGGCAGGCCGACAAGGUGUGGCGCCUGGACCUGGUGAUGGUCAUCCUCUUCAAGGGCGUCCCGCUGGAGAGCACCGACGGCGAGCGCCUGGCCAAGGCGCCGCAGUGCGCCAGCCCCGGCCUCUGCGUGCAGCCCCACCACAUCGGCGUCACCAUCAAGGAGCUCGACCUCUACCUGGCCUACUUCGUGCACGCGCCAGAUUCGGGACAGUCGGACAGCGCCAACCCGCAGGGGGACGCGGACAUCAAACCACUGCCCAACGGGCACCUGACCUUCCAGGACUGCUUCGUCACCUCGGGGGUCUGGAACGUGACGGAGCUGGUGAGGGUGUCCCAGACCCCCGUGGCCACGGCGUCGGGCCCCAACUUCUCCCUGGCUGACCUGGAGAGCCCGGGGGGCUACUACAACAUCAGCCCCGUGGCCCUGGGCCGCCGGCCCCUGGGGCCCCCCUCCGCCAGCGGCCCCAAGCGCCCCAAGGCGCUGGACGAGGGUGACCUGGAGGGUCCCGGGGACGACGUCUUCUACCCCGGCCCGGGGCGGUCCCCAGCCCCCGGCAGCAGCCAGGGGCCCUGGGGGGGGGACGUUGACACCGGCCCGGCGGCGCUGAAGAAGUCGGGGAAGCUGGAUUUCUGCAGCGCGCUCUCGGGGCACGGCGCCGCGCCCCGCAUGGCCUUCGGCCACCACCCCCUGCCCGUCCUGGCCGGCGUCCGCCCCGGCAGCCCGCGGGCCACGGCCUCGGCGCUGCACUUCCCGUCGGGGUCCCUCCUGCCCCAGUCGAGCCCCUACUUCGCCCACCCCACCAUCCGCUACCACCACGGGCAGGACUCGCUCAAGGACUUCGUGCAGUUCGUCUGCGCCGACGGCGCCGCCCAGGGCCCCCAGGUGCGGCGGGGACGGGCCCGGGGGGCGCGGGGACGCCCGGGGGGCGCGGGGACGCGCGGGGACACCGGGACCGCCCCUCCCCCGGCGGGGCGGGGCCGCGCCCUGGAUGCAAAUGAGGCUGAGGAGGCGGGGCGUGUAUGCAGAUGAGGCGCGAAUAGGUGCGCGCUAUGCAAAUGAGGCGAGGAGGGCGGUGUCUGUAUGCAAAUAUACCACAGGGGCGGGGUCUGUAUGCAAAUACACCACAGAGGCGGGGUCUGUAUGCAAAUACACCACAGAGGGCGGGGUCUGUAUGCAAACGAGCCCAGGUGGCCGCGCCGGCUGCGGAGGGGGUGACGGGGACCCCCCCCCCCC